AUAAUUUAAAGACUGGGUUAUUAAGUGUUAUUUUGUUUACACUCAGGAAACAGGAAACUAGACCAGUCUUGUCAGGAAUCUGAACACAGCGCCGGUGAGAUAGAAAGAGAUUGUUUCAGCCACUGAUUGUUACAGUGUUUAGUGAUCAGAAGUGACGAUGGGUGAUUCUGGUUCGAGGGCAUGUUUUAUAAUUUUGGGAGUAAUAGUUGUUAUUGCUGCCUUAGUCAUUGGCUUGGUCACCACGUCACUGAAAAAACUCGCCAGCGAUGAAGUGGGAAUCCAGUAUGAUACGAUUCAAAGGAACCUUGCCCAGGACGUCAGAAAGGAAGGUCUCCAUACCGGGCCUCCUGGAUUUGAGUUUAUCAUCUUUCCCAGCGUCUACCGAUCCAUGGCCUUCAAUGACCUGACUUGUCUGAACAAAGAUGGCGUACAGAUUGUUCUGGACGUGACCUAUCAGUACAAGGUCAAGGCCCCAAAGCUCCGUGAAGUGAUCGUUGACUUCCGUGAUUACGACGGCUACAAGGAUGUUCUGAAGUAUGCAGGUCAGUCAGCUCUCCAUGAGUCCUGCAGCCAGUUCAACACCUCCCAAUUCCAGUCAGAGAGAGGGUCAUUCCAAGAAUUGGUCCGAGAAAAGCUCAAGACAAGAUAUGGGGAGUUGAACGCUGGCAUCACAGAUCUACAGGUCAGCAACAUUGCCCGCCCUGCUGAAUAUGAGAGUGCCAUCAGGAGCAAAGAGAGGGCAAGAGAAGAUAUCAAGGUUGCAUUGAAUGAGAGACCACGACUCCUUACUGAAGCUGACACAGGGAAGAGAGAGGCAGAGACUCAGGCAGAGAUCAUCAAGGACAAAGCUAUGUCAGAGGCAAGGAUUCUUGAAAACAGGGCCGUCUCUGAAGCCAACUCAAUUAUAGCCCAGUACUCUAAGGAAGCUGAAGCAUAUGAGCUGAUUCUCAGUUCGUCUGGACUGGCAUUUACAGUUGAGGGAUUCAUUUCCUACCUUGGUGUCCGAGUCAUUGCUGAUGCUAAGAAUCCUGUCUACAUCGGACUGCAGAGUCCAGCGAAAUCGUCCUACACAUAGACGGGGGUUGUAGUGUACAGUAUAUUGGGACCGAGUUUAAGUGUCCAGUGUGUUUUGGCAUGAGUUAGGUGUCCAGUAAAUCGGACCAGGGUUAAUGAUCCCAGUACAUGGCAUCCAUAAUAUUGUGACACAUUAAAUUGGCCCAGUAUAUUGUGACACAGUUAAAGUGCCAAGUUCAUAGACUCUGUUUUUGAAACCUGUCCUUUAUAAAAGUAACGCGUCCAAAUGUGUGUGCCAGCUAAUGAGUUAAUGUGAGUUCAACUGAUUAACAACGAAAAUAUUUUUUGAAAUUUAUUAAGAUUUUUUAACGUUAUAUUUGGAUCAGAGAAUUCCAAGUCCAAUGGAAAAAGUGAUGUGAUGGUAUUCUUACUUUUGUAUAAUGUCUUUGCAAUAAAAGCAAACUAUUUUGAUAAACAUAUCAAAUUACUAUUUGAACUUACACAGCAAUUCAAGCCCUAUUCUGUAAAACGUAAUGAAGGAUAAGAUGAAAUUCAACGUCAUUCAUAAAGGAAAUCUGAAGCCUAAAAUCAGGUUAUUAUUAUACACAAUCUUUAAUCAUACUGCAAAUAUUCAUAUUGUGAUCAAAUAUUUAAGUUUGGUUUAGGAGAAAUAUGAAAGGAUAUUAAACUUUUACUUUAGACAGAAACAAUGUAUGUAUUAAGUGUGGCACCAUUUCACAAAGUUUCAAGACCAACUGGUCCCUUUGUCAAGCUAUGACUAAUAUUUAUUACCAAACUGAUGAAUUUUACUGAAGAAUUAUGAAGGCUUGUUUUAGGAGUUUGAUCAGUGUGCAUUGCAAAAUCUAUCAUAAUCGUCUAACUUAUGUCGUAAAUGCACCAUUAUCUAUGGAUCCCCUCAUCUCAAUUCAUAAUAUUAAUACAUACCAGUAUGGUAUUACGAGUUUUAAUAUAAAUUUUAUGGACAGAUGAAAAUUAUUUAAAUCGUUUUUGCCAUUGAAACCUUUGAAACUGAGCAUAAGAAAUAGGCGUAGAGAUAAACUUUCAAUGUAUUUGUGCCUUUCUAUCAAAACCAGCCCAUAUGAGGACAGAUCACCACUGUGGAAUGUCAUUCAUAUGGCGUUUGAAUCUCAUAACACAACAUGUUCUAUAGUGGCAUUUCCUAAGUAUAAUGCAUGAAAACAAAUAAGACUCUCAGGUCGAUUGUAAGACUACAUUCCUCUAUUGUAUUUUUCUGUCUGUUUUUUCAUGUGUUGUUUUGAAAAUAAGUUAAAAAAAAAACAAUGUAAGAUACUCUGAUAUAUAAACUAUAUGCAUUCUUAUGAUAUAUUCUGCCUUACUGUGACUUUCUUGUCUUUUUUUUCAAAAGAAUUUCAAAUUUAAAAGUAUGUUAAACAUCUGUUUUAGGUAAUAAUUUGAAAGUCAAGAGUUAAAGGAUCUAACUAUUAGAUAUCAAAGCAUCAAUAUAUUGUAAUACUGAUCAAUUUAACUCAUUGACCCCUACAAUUUUAAACUGGACUUGCCCAGUCUUUGUUAUGGUAAGGUUCAAAUGUGACUUUAGGGGUGAAUGAGUUAAUGGUCAUACAUUAUUAGUCUUUGUGUAUUCAUUCAGUUGUUCGAUUUUAAUUCUUCGCCUUAUUUAUUUUCUAACAUCAUAUCUAUUUCAUUUGUUUUUUUAGAUUUUUUCAAGAUAAAUUAUGUUCAGUGUUAUAUCUGUACACUGGAAUAUUUGUUAUGCCCGUCGUGAAAAUUUCUACAAAUAAUUUUGUUCUGAUUUGUCCCCGUAUAUUUAUUUACUUAUAAGAAAAAUAACAGCAAAUACCAAUUUCAUAGCAAUUUUACUUGUAUAUAUGCUAUACAAUGCAAUUAUUUACAACCAAAAUGUCUUUUGUAUAAUACCUUUGUUAAAUCAAUGCACAUCAGGAUACCUCAUUUGUCCAAACUUUUAUUUUUGAAAACGUAUGUAGUAAAUUAAGAGCAUAAACUUGAGAAGAGGUUGUGAUAGUUUAAAUUGAUAUUGAGGGAAUUGUUGCUUUAAUACAUUAUUUGUAUUUGUCUUGGAAUAUUGACGAUAUGGAAGGGGGUUAUAUUUUCAUUUGUAAUAUUGUACAUAUUUUCUUUAGAGAAAUCCAUGUUCACUAUUUGAUUUCACCUCUAUACUGAACUUUGUAUGUACAGUCGGUAUAUGUUGACUGUUCAACUGGAUCAGCAUAAGUUGUCAAAACUCUUGAGUUUUUUAAAACAAAUGUUUUAAAUUUAUAUAAUAAUCGUUAAAAAAAGAACAUCUUUAAAAUAAAAUCUCUGGAAAAAUUGUUUAAAAAAUUGUUACAGGAAAGUAAUUCUUUUGUGCAAUAUUUGUCAGGGAGUAGAUUGACAGGAUGAAAGGGUUAUAUUUUUACUUUUGAAAAAUAUUUUUUAGAGGAAUAUACCUUCAUUAUAUAUAUCAUAAUCUUUUUCCAAUUUCCUUCUUUAAUAUCUCGCAUAUGAUCCAUGUGAUACUGUUGGUUGUUAUUUUAGACUUAUGACCAUUUAUAUCAUUAUGUCUGCAUGUAUUGUAUUGUGACACAGCACAUACAAUGUACUACGCUGAGGGUUUAGUCCUUAAAUGAUGGCAAGGGUAAUUUUAGGCUCAGCUUUAUCAGCGAGUUGCCCUCCACUCAUUCUGAUUGAUAUUUUGUCUUUACUUUUAAACACUAUUUCGUUGUAUAUGUUAACAAGAUAUAGGUGUUUGUCUUUUAUUGGGAAUUGUAUAUUGUUUCACCAUUUAUGAAAUUCUCAAUGAAUGGCCCCAAUCUGUUUCAGUAUAUAAAUAUAUAUGCUUCCAAAGAAUCGGGCUUAUCAGCAGUAAAAUUGGGUAGCUGCACAACAGAUGUACAUGUAUCACGUCACUAUUACCAUAAUUAUUGUAUUUAUAAGGUUAGAAUAAAAAUUAUGUGAUAAUUUUCUCCCCAAAUUCACAUAAAGCAUUUCUUUAUAUCUAGCUUAAAAUGGCACAAAUGAUACCGAAAUUGAAAUUUAGCCUCAACAAUACUGGGAAUAUGAUACAUUAUCAUGUAUCUUACAUAUGAAUGUUACCUCAAUAGAUAUAUUAUUAUGUAUCUUACAUAUAAAUGUUAGCUCGAUGGUGCAUUAAAGUGUGGGUUUUGUAACACAUUUACUUUAAUGUACCCCUAGUUUCAUUGUUUUUAUCAAAUUUUUUUCACCUUUUACAAAUUGUAAUCAUCAUUUUCGAUUUAUUUUUGUCUGUUUGCACUUUUUGCUCACGUGGUUAUCUUUUUAUUUAUUUUAUACCCAAAAGUGAUGGGCACACACAUAUUUAUAUAUAUAGAAUAUACACCUCAUAUAUUGCAUUCUGAGACAGAGCAGGUGACUGUAUCAUGUAUGAAAUCAGUCCUAUGAUGGAACCUUGUACAUUGCCUUUGUCUUUGUCAAUAACAUAUAACAAAUACUGAGCAUCCAGGAUCUUCGGCACACCUAGACCUCGUAAAUUAAUCAAUCCAAUAAAAUGUACAGCAUUUUCCCAUUUUGUAUUUACACAUUUAAAGAAGUCGUUUGGUUUCCAGUUGACCCGAAACAAAAUCCACAUAUUUUUCACUUAAAAACCUUUGAAGAUUACAUUCGUAAAACUAAAGUUCAUGUGCAGAAUAUGAAGAAAUGGCUGAAAUGUACUAGAAAUCAUGAAUAAAAUAUUAAGUACAUCGAAUAAAUGCAUUAGUUCAUCUUUCUAGGCAAAUGCUACACUUUGUCGGAUAAUUGCUAUCAUUAUUGUCAUGCGUUUUACUCCGUUUGUGGAAGGGCAGAGCUGUUUUUGAUUUGGUUGCAUCAAUUUUAAGAUAUGUGGUACAUCGAUAAAUAAUAAUAAUAACAAUGUUUUUUAUUUAAACAAUGUCUAGUUUACAUUAUGGCCCUGCAUCAACUAUAUAUACAAGCAUGACAUAGUUUAAGAUGACAGUAUAACAAUGUAGUAAAUAUACUAUCAUCACAGUCAAUGUAACUUAAAAUUUAGCAAUCCUAAAAAUAGAAUUAAACAGUGAACACUGUUAUAGUGUGUAUUAAAAUGAGACAAUGAAGUCGGUGUUGUAAAAGUAAUUUAGAAUAGAAAAUUAUCAAAUGACAUUUUCCUUUAGCUAGAAACAAGAUGUAGGAAACUUUACUCCUAUAUCAAAAUACCAAUAUAAGGGAAAUAAUCACAGAUACAGCUGUAUGCUAUUCAUACAAUAGAUUGAAUAUCAUAAAAGAAAUGUUUAGAAAUUAGAACUUGAGACUAGUUGUAGUACAUAAAAAAAAUACGGCUGUAUCUUAUAGGCAAUAAAUUGAUGUAGAUGUAGUUGUAAUGAAGUUGAAUUUCUUGGUCCUUGAACCAAUGACGAAAAUUAUUUGGUAGAGUGGAGAGUUAUAAAUAUUUUAGGUUUUAAUCCUGAUUUGGCCCAAAACAUUUCCCUGUUCUGGCAUGUUGUGGAAAUUCUUUUGCCAUCUUAUCUAUGUAAAAGAUUGAAA